AAUAUAUUUUGCUAAGUGUGUCAGGUGCAUUUGUUGGGCUGCAGUUGCGUCGCAUGGCCACUGGAGGUCGCACUUUCCACAUUACUGCACUGAUCUGAUGCUUAGAGAUCAGGCAGUGAAUGCAGCAGCCGGAAACUCUGGGCGCUGCUCUGUGAGUUAAACCUGAAGCAUGCUGCACUCUCACAUUACCUGCAGCUCAGACAACACCUCACAUACGGGAACUCUCAGUGUUUUCAUCGGCCAGGGGCAGGCGGUGUGUGAGUGAGAUGCAGAGACUGUACUGACCAGCAGCAGCUCAACAACACUGGACCUCUGAGCGGGCAGCAGCAGCCUGGAUGUGAUUCUGGCUCAGAUCGUGUGUGUUGGUAACCCGGCCUCAGUGUGCGAUGUGUGGACCCGCCCUCCUGUGUGUGCUGCUCUGGAUCUCAGGACUGGCUGUGUCCAGGACGCAAGGUCAGGUGGUAGCUCCUGCCAGUGUAACAGCAGAGGCAGGCCUCCCCCUGCUGCUCGGCUGCUCCGUCACCACGGAGACGGGCGACACCGUGCGGCAGGUACGGUGGCUCGACCGGCACAAGAAGGUCCUCCUGGCGUACGAGCCGAGCGAGCCGGUGCGCGUCAGCCAUCAGGAGCCCAACGUGCAGCUCAACGCCUCGCACAGCAACGGCAGCUACAUCACCAUCCAGAGGGUGGGGUCCGAGGACGAGGGCUGCUACAGCUGCAUCUUCGACGUGUUUCCCAGGGGCCCGCUGGAGGGGGCCACGUGCGUCAGCGUCACCGGUAAAGUGAGCCUACAGGGCAACAGGACGGCUCUGAGCGGCAGGCCGGUCACCCUCUCCUGCGAGUACAGCCUGCCUGAGAAGGUGCACCAGGUGUUGUGGAGGAAGACGGCGGAGCAGGGCGACACCUCCACCGUGGCGUCCUACACCAAGCGCGGCCACCACAACAUCGAGGAGCGCUACAGGCGUCGGUUCAGCCUGAGCCGGACGCUGGACGACACCCAGCUCACCAUCCAGGCCGUGAGUGCGCAGGACGAGGCCUGCUACACCUGCGAGUUCCACGCCUACCCGGACGGCACCAAGAGCGGCUCCGCCUGCCUCUCCGUCUACGUUCUACCCAAUCCAGAGGUGAGUCAUGUGACCUCGUCCUCGGGGGUCUCUGAGGCCAACUGCACGGCCCGCUCCCGUCCCCCAGCAGAGAUCACCUGGGACAUCCCCGGGGAGAAUCGAACGCUCGGACCGCCCGUUUCCUCUGCCUACGAUCAGGGCGACGGCACCACUGUGGUGACGAGCACGGUGCUCCUCCAAUCAGCGAUCAAGGACCUGUCCGUCACCUGCGUGGUGCAACACCCGGGCCUGGAGAAACCUAUAAGAGUGUCCCUGCCUACAGACGUGGGAUCGGCCAACAUCGUCCUCCUGUCGAUGUGCGGCGUGGCGGCCGUGGUGCUCCUGUGUCUGUGUGUGUGUGUCUGCAAGUGCUUCAUGUGCAAUGACGAGUGAUGUGAAGGCAGUCGUCUCUCCUGCUGUGAUGAAGGUCCAGUGGAGCUCUGAGCCUGACCAGAGCCGAGCCACCAAGUCCUCUUGUCAUUCACUACACAGUAAACAGAACUAACACUACACUAUUUCAUGAUAUAUUUGACACUUACUGUAGAAAUGUGGCCCAGAUCAUUGAGGAAGUCCUUGUGUCGGGGCAUCCUGGGGGGUCGGUUGUGUGUGUGUUUGAAUGUGUGAGGUCAACUCUAAGCUGUAGAGCUCUGUGAUAAGAUGUAUAUUUUUUGGAUUUAUCUGGCUCAAAUAGAGGUCACUCUGUUCUUUUAAAGUGUUUUUGACUUUGUUGGGAAGAUGUUAAUAUAUUCAGUCAUUUUUUCACAACAGAAAUGUUGGCAGCUUUUUCAUUAUUCUUUUAAGCUCCUUUAAACAUGGUUUCAAUUCAUUCAUAAGUAAUGAAUAAUUAUAUAAGUAACAAAGGGCUUUUAAAGGGGACAUUUAAUGCUGAUAUUCAGGUUUAUGUCUAUGCAUUGGGCUUCUCCUAGAACAUGUUACAUGCUUAAAUGUUCAGAAACUACUUUAUUUUUCUUAUAUUAUCUGUUUGAAUUUACCUGUAUUCACUCUCAGUCUGAAACGCUCCGUUUACACCUGUCUCUUUUAGUCCCCGCCCCCAAAAAAGCCUGCUCUUAUUGGUUUAAAUGGCUCCAAGUACCAUAAUGUAUGUAAACAAGCACUGAGAAAGUGGCUUGUUCACUACUGCUUGAUUGUUGACCACCAAAAUGGCCACCACAGGGGGCUACGUCACCGUGAAACCCUUUAUUUAGUGGUUGCCAAAAUGAGAAAAUAUAUUUAGAAAACUGGAAAAACAAAUGAAAGGUUUGUUAUUUAAAGCUGCUGUGUUUCUGAUGGUUAAGGGUGGUCACUUAUCACCUUCAGGCCCUAACACUCAAAAGAGAUGUGUGUGUGUGUGUGUGUGUGUGUGUGUGUGUGUGUGUGUGUGUGUGUGUGUGUGUGUGU